UAAUAUUGAUUUAUUUAUUAUCAGAGCACUUAUCUAUAUUUCCAACUCAGCCCCUUGACUAUUAAAAUCAAGAUAAGAUGGUUAAUAAUGGUGGAGUCCUAUUACUAUCAGGUUAAAAGUAGACUACUAAUUGUAUUAGAUUUAUUUUUCCUAGUUUUCCUAUUUAUUAACACAACACAACACAACACAUACAUCCCUGCACAGGGAAAAUAAAUUAAAUAAAUAAAUAAAUAAAAAUAAAUUAUUGAGCCUGUCGGAAACUGACAACCGUUAAUCACAGACAUUCCAAUCAAGCAAGCAAGCACCUUCGAGAACUCAAACUCCUGUACGGCCUAUGAUUCUCGCCGUUGGAGAAACCCGUUAAUGGCUGCGAAUCUCGGAUCCCUACGGCAAAGCUUCGUCGAACGAGGCAGAGAAAGAUUGCUGUCGAGAAAAUACAAUUCCGACGUCGGAUUCAAUGAUUCUUCUUACAUCGUCCACGAGGGCUGUCUCCACUGGCUUUUCCGUGUCACGGUUGAUCGGAUUUCCAGGUGGUGGAAUAAUGUUACCGGAAUUGCGUUCAGCGCUUACGAGAUGGGAAGAUCCGACCCGAGAAAAGUGGUGUUCGCCGCUAAAAUGGGCGCUGCUCUCUCUCUUGUUUCUGUGCUCAUUUUUUUCAAAGAGCCGUUGAGUUAUAUCAGCCAGUAUUCCAUCUGGGCUAUUCUCACCGUUGUCGUUGUGUUUGAGUUUAGCAUUGGGGCAACCUUAAACAAAGGGUUUAAUCGUGCAUUGGGGACCUUAUCUGCUGGAGCACUAGCUUUGGGCAUUGCAGAAUUGUCUAAAAUGGCUGGAGAAAUGCAAGAACUUUUCAUUGUCAUCAGCAUUUUUAUUGCCGGUUUUUUCGCUAGUUAUUUGAAGUUAUAUCCGGCAAUGAAGCAGUACGAGUACGGGUUUCGUGUGUUCCUAUUGACAUUCUGUAUCGUACUAGUAUCCGGCACUUCACAUUUUGUCGAGACAGCUGUUUCUAGAUUGCUGCUAAUUGCCGUCGGUGCUGUCGUCUGUUUGCUCAUAAAUGUCUGCGUUUACCCCAUUUGGGCCGGUGAAGAUUUGCAUAAACUAGUCGUAAAAAAUUUCAAGGGAGUCGCCACUUCUUUGGAAGGAUGUGUCAAUAUGUACUUACAAUGUGUCGAAUACACGAGAAUCCCUUCGAAAAUAUUGCUGUAUCAGGCUUCGGAUGAUCCUUUAUACAAGGGAUAUAGAGCUGCAGUAGAGUCCACUAGCCAAGAGGAGUCUCUGUUAGGUUUUGCUAUUUGGGAACCUCCUCACGGGCGUUACAAAAUGUUCAAUUAUCCUUGGAGCGAAUAUGUUAAAGUUAGUGGCGCUCUAAGGCAUUGUGCUUUCAUGGUUAUGGCAAUGCAUGGAAGUAUUCUUUCGGAAAUACAGGCAUCAUCUGAAUUAAGGCAAGUGUUUAAGGAUAGGAUUCAGCGAGUCGGUACGGAAGGUGCUAAAGUGUUGAGACUGCUCGGAGAAAAAGUAGAAAAGAUGGAAAAACUCUCCCCUUCAGAUCUUCUCGAAGAGGUUCACAAUGCUGCAGAGGAUCUGCAAAUGUUAAUCGACCAAAAAUCGUAUCUAUUGGUCAACGCACAGAGCUGGGAAAGUCAAAAGAGGCCCGAGAAUAAUCCGGACCCAGAAUUAUUACAAGAACUAAAGGACAACGAACACAAGCCUCCGCCACUCAUGAUAAACUCACUCAGCGAGUCGGUUAAUUUCAAAUCAGCUCAGACAUUAUCGAGAAACUACGACCCUCACAAUCCAAACACGAGCAUAAAUAUGUCGGUUUCGCAGCAGUGGGGCUCUGCGGAAGACGUGCUCAGACAGCAGACUAUGUGGCCUUCGAGGCUGUCAUUGAUUGGAGAGAAUAUUCUAAACGAGCGUGAAGUGAGAACAUAUGAAAGUGCGAGUGCUUUGUCUCUUGCCACUUUUACUUCUUUGUUGAUUGAAUUCGUUGCCCGGCUCCAAAACCUGGUCCACUCGUUUGAGGAGCUCGGUGACAAAGCUAAGUUUACGGAUCCUAUCGAUUCUAACGAAUCGAAAGAGGUGGUCGAUUUAUUGGCUUGAUUUUUUUCAUUUUUUUAAUUUUUUUUUGAAAUCAUCAAAAUAAUAUGUUAUAAAUAAUGUUUUCUUACAGCAGAAAGAUUGGUUAGCUUUCUUUCUAGUUUAGGAGGUGUCUGAAAUCAAAUGUAUUAGUUUUCUGUCUGGAGGAUUUGUACAGAUAAGACAAUUAUCUAAUAUUAUUACACGAGGAAACUGUAGUUAGAUAUUAUUAUCCAUCUCUAUUAUUGUAAAUACAGUAACUUAUUUAUAAAAAAAAAAAAAAAAAAUUUAUGUUUUAAGAAGAUUUUCACUUAUCUUUAUAUUGGAGGACAAAGAAUGCUAAUUUAUGUUAGGAAUUAAUUAGAAUUCCUCCUUACCUGAUAUACGACGUCGUAUAAUGGGAUUUCAAGAAUAAAAUACCCACAGUAGUAGUGUGUGAAAACAUAACAGUUGUGUAGGAGAUGUGGGCUGCUGUAAUUCCACCGAAUUGUGCUGCUUUGCAGACAAAACUAUACAAUCCCACAACAAGCAGCUGUAGAAGAAAGCUCUGUAAUAACAAAGACUCAAUUUUUAAAUUUAAUUUGCCCUUAAAUCGAAGAUGCAUCCAACAAUUUUCUGUCAGCUGCUCGUCAUCUGCUAGCUCAGAAGAUUCCUUUCUCCAGCAACAUCAAGAACUAAGUAAUAAUCAAGAAAAGAAAGGGUUUUUGCAGAAAUGGAAGGAAAGUUCUGCAGAAAUGAGUGCAAAGCUAGCAAAGCUGGGACUAGCGGCUGUUCUUGCAUAUGGAAUAUUUGAUGGUAUCACAUACACCAGUUUUUUUGUGCUUGCAUUUCUUGGGUACGAAAAAAGCACCGGCAAGAAUCCUGCGGCUAAUCUUCAAGCUCUUGUCGGGAUAGUAAUACUGAUGUGGACUGGGAACAAUGUAACAAGACCGUUUCGAGUAGCAGGAGCAGCUGCUUUGGCGCCUGUGAUCGACAAAGGAUUACGGAGGAUCCAGACCUACUUUAACUUCCCUACUCUUGUCUAUGCAUUUGCCCUUGUUGUCGGAUUAGUGGCCGGAUUAUGUUCCACCGUUGUUGGAUUGCUUAUCCUAUCCCGGUGGGGCAAAUGAUGUCCUGCUUUACCAUCGUCUUGCUAGGUUGUGACGUGGCCAUCGUGUAACUCGUUUUUUUUUUAAAGGUGUAAGCUAUUGUUUCAUUGUUUCAGCUUUUAUGCAUAAAUUGGAAACCCCUAAUGCAUUUUAGAGUUU